AUGAGCCGAAAGACCUGCCUUCAAUCAAUGGAGAAGUGGGAGGAGGCCCCGCUGCUGGAGCACAGGAAGGCGGAGCAUAAUGUGAGCGGCGACGGAGAGGCCCGGCUGGGGCGCCGGCUGUUGGAGGAGAACCGGACGCUGUGGGCGGUGGCGGGGCCAGCCAUCUGCACGCGCUUCUCCACCUUCGGGGUCACCGUUAUCAGCCAGGCCUUCAUGGGCCACAUCGGCUCCACCCAGCUUGCCGCCUACGCCCUCGUCUCCACCGUCCUCAUGCGCUUCAGCAACGGCAUACUGCUGGGCAUGGCGAGCACACUGGAGACGUUGUGCGGGCAGUCGUACGGGGCGAAGCAGUACCACAUGAUGGGCAUCUCCCUGCAGCGCUCCUGGAUCAUCCUGACCGGCUGCGCCGUGCUCAUGCUCCCCAUCCUCAUCUUCACUGAGCCUCUCCUUGUCUCCAUCGGCCAGGACCCCCUGAUCAGCGCUGUCGCGGGGACCAUCUCGCUCUGGUACAUCCCUGUCAUGUUCGCCAACGUCUUCAGCUUCACUCUCCAGAUGUACCUGCAGGCACAGAGCAAGAACAUGGUCAUCACCUACCUUGCAUUUGUCACCCUCGGUCUCCAUGUGUUCCUGCCGUGGCUCUUCACCGUCAGGCUGCACCUUGGGCUCGCUGGGGCCAUGACCUCCAUGGUCAUUGCCAUGUGGAUUCCUGUGUUUGGGCAGCUCAUCUUCGUCUUCUUUGGUGGCUGCCCUCUCACAUGGACCGGGUUCUCCUUCACAGCACUCACCGACCUUGUCCCUAUCCUCAAGUUAUCUCUAUCCUCUGGUGUCAUGCUCUGUUUGGAAUUGUGGUACAGCACCAUAUUGGUGCUCCUUACCGGGUACAUGAAGAAUGCAGAGGUUGCACUUGACGCUCUUUCAAUAUGCCUUAACAUCAAUGGUUGGGAGAUGAUGAUUUCUAUUGGCUUUUUGUCUGCAGCAGGAGUGCGUGUGGCAAAUGAGCUUGGAGCUGGAAGUGCAAGAAGGGCCAAGUUCGCCAUCAUAAAUGUCGUCACCACUUCCUUCUCAAUAGGCCUUGUGUUGUUCGUGUUUUUCCUUUUCUUCCGCGGAAAGCUUUCCUACAUAUUUACUACGAGUGAAGAGGUAGCUGCCGCAGUUGCUGAGCUGUCGCCUCUUCUAGCCUUCUCCAUCUUGUUGAACAGUGUUCAACCAGUGCUAUCAGGUGUUGCUGUUGGUGCGGGUUGGCAAAGUGUAGUUGCCUAUGUCAACAUCACAACAUAUUACUUGAUUGGUAUCCCUCUUGGAGCAAUCCUAGGUUAUGUUCUUGGAUAUCAUGUGAUGGGCAUUUGGGUUGGCAUGCUGCUCGGAACACUGGUCCAAACAAUUGUACUUGUGUUCAUAACAAUCAGGACUGACUGGGAUAAACAGGUAGAGGUUACCGAGGAGAGAUUGAAGAGAUGGUACAUGGAUGGGAACAAAGGGAAGUCAGAUUCAAGGGGAAAUCCAUGA